AAUUUAUUUAAAAUUAAAUGUUUGAGAAGGAAAUAGUGAUUGAUGGAAAAGGCCAUUUACUUGGUAGAUUGGCUUCAUAUAUUGCCAAGGAAUUGUAAAGAGGAUAAAGAAUUGUUGUUGUUAGAACUGAGUUGAUUUAACAAUCUGGAUCUCUCUUUAGAAACAGAGUCAUCUUCGAAGAAUAUUUGAAUAAGAGAAUGGCUUUCAAUCCAAGAAGAGGAUAUAAGCACUAUAGAACACCAUCAAGAUGCUUUUGGAAGGUUGUUAGAGGAAUGCUUCAAUACAAGUCAAAGAGAGGAGCAGCUGCCCUUGAAAGAUUAAAGGUCUUUGAAGGUGUCCCUCCUCCUUAUGACACAAGAAAGAGAUAAGUCGUUCCAGAUGCCAUUAAAUUGAUCAGACUCAAAAACCAUAGACCCCACUGCUCUUUGGGUGAUUUAUGCGCUUCAGUCGGAUGGAAUUCAUAAGCAGUUGUUAACAGACUUGAGGAGAAGAGAAAAUAAAGAGGUGCCACAUAUUACAAGAGAAAAAUUCAAAGAGAAAAUCUCAGAAGAAAGGCUAUUGGAGCUAAAGAACUUACUAGCAUCAAUGCAGAAUUAGAGAAGUUGGGCUAUUGAAAUAUUAUAAUAACAUAAUGUACAAUUAAAUAUUGAGUAAUGU